CUCUAGACUGGGCAAUGAAGAAUAACCUAUGGGGACAUGCUUUAUUCCUUGCCAGUAAGAUGGAUAGUCGAGCUCAUGCCAAUGUUAUGAUGAGGUUUGCUAACGUAGCAAUGCGUAUGAACGACCCCCUGCAGACACUGUAUCAGAUGAUGUCAGGACGACAACCAGCCGCUGUUACUUGUGUAGCGGAGGAAAGAUGGGGAGACUGGAGGCCACAUCUAGCUAUGAUAUUGUCUAACCAUUCUCAGAAACCCGAUCUAGACAGGAAAUCUAUAACAACUCUGGGAGAUACACUAGCUUCUAGAGGAUUUUUACAUGCAAGUCAUUUUUGUUACUUGAUGUCCCAGACAAGUUUUGGAUCGUACAACAAAAAAUCUUCAAAGAUUGUACUGGUGGGCUCAAGUCAUGGCCUACCAUUACAAUAUUUUGCGACAGAUGAGGCUAUACAAUGUACAGAGAUUUAUGAGUAUGCUAUAUCACUAGGAAAUUUGAUGACUAACUUAAUAAACUUUCAGACAUUUAAGUACCUGUAUGCUACGAGACUGGCUGACUAUGGUUUUGCUCAAGAAGCACUGCAAUAUUGUGAAGUGAUCUCAAAAUAUAUAAAUGUAAACCCAGCCUUCUUCCCACAUAUUCUAGUCAAGUUGGUAUAUGAUUUUUCCAGUCAGUUAAAGUUUAGUCAACCCCAGAACUUAGAAGAAGAUGAUUUUGCUGACCCAGAUUGGCUUCGUGCUUUACAUACAACACUCGUGCAAUUUGAGGAAGGUGCAAUACAGCCUGCGUCGGGGUCCGCAACUCCUGCAUUUUACGGAGGUCGUACAACAGCGAGUAGUGACAGUGGAGAAGUUGGCAUGUAUAUGCAGGGAACUGACAACGGUACCAUGUAUGCACAGGAGGCGUCGUAUAUGACAAACAAUGGUCAGAUGUCAAGUAUACAUGAAAAUUAUCAACAACAACAACACCCUAGCGUAGACAGCCAGGUACAGUAUCAGGAGACACAGUAUGGUAAUGGUUUUGAAAAUUCACAAGCACAACCAUAUAGUUCGGAACAUGUGACAUCAGGGGCAGACAAUCAAUACCUACAACAACAGGGACAUGUACCAUACCAGCAACAAGGGCAGAUAACUGAUGGUCAACAGGGUAAUUUACAGUGGCCAGAACAGUCUGUAGAAUCAACCAAUCAGAAUCAUCCUAAUAUUGAACCGACCAAUCAAAACACAGAUAACAACUAUCAACAUCAAACUGCUGGCAGUUUUACACAAUAUGGCAAUCAUUGGGAUCAAAAUACGGGACAAUAUCAUGCGUCACAUGGUUUUCCUGCCGACGUAAAUCUCGGUGAGAGUCAAACAUCGGCUGUAUCAUCCGACUCGGCUAAACGCGGUAGUCUGGCAUCAACGUCAAGUUUCCCGCAGGAUAACGGUAUAGAACAGGAGGAUCAUGUUGAUUCAGCCGGACUUCAUGAACCGGCACCAAGUAUAUUUGACCUUCAGCCGACUCAGCAAAAAAUAAUUGCGCCAAAGUUAAGGAAGCGAACAACGUCUGAAACGAGUACAGGAAGUGGUGUUGGACGAGAUCGUAACUCAAGUGGUAAUCAUAAUCAUCAACAAAAACAGAAGUCGGAUAAUAAUAAGGACAGUUUGUCUCAGCCAAAGAAAGCGGCGGCAGGUGGUGGAUUUCUCUCUAAGAUUGGAGGAUUGUUUUCUCGUAAGAAUGAAAUGAAGCUACCGGAUGAUAAAGAACCUUCUAUUGUAUGGGAUGAUGUGAAGAAAAGAUGGGUGGAUAAAGAUGGUGGUGAGGAGGAGGAGAAACCUGCGGCCCCGCCCCCGAAAGAUCAUGAAUUAAAAGGUCCUGGAUCUACAAGUCAGCUUAGUUCAAUGAGUGCCGGACCAGCGCCAGGUGUCGCACCCUCGAGGGAUACACUGCCACCUGGUGGUAACAAGUUCUCUAUGAGAAGAGAUUCUGCGGGUCCAAAGUAUGUUGAUGUGAUGAAUCCUAAACCAGCUACAACAUCUCAAGUGCCUUCAAGUUUAUUUCAUACUUUACCUAGUUCCCGAUCUGCCCCUGCUAUAUUUAACCCAAUGGGAAAUGCAGAGGGUUCCUCCACAGAUCUACCCUCACAGGUUCAUGAUUCUAUCCCUGAAGAGAAAACUAGUCAACAAGGGGCAGACAACUCUCAUGUCUCAAAUACGCCAGCUGGCAACCUACAGUUACCUCCCAUGACUGAAAAUACAGCACCAGAAACUGCCGCCGCACCAGAGAUAAAUAAUUCUAUGCCAACAAUGUUUAAUCCUGCACAGUUCCAGUCAGGUCAGACUUUCAAACAACCAGCACCACCAGGUCCCGGCCACAGACUUAGUAACAGAAGGGUCUACCCUAAAUAAUACAAACAUUUUACCUCAUUUUAUGGUGAUGUGAAUGUACACUACACUUACUUAGUCAUAAUGAAAACAAGAUGUUGACUUCCUAAUCAUAAUGAAAACAAGAUGUUGACUUGCUUAGUCA